UGUACUGUGCAUCAGAUCCUGACGUCGGGACCAUCUACAGUGCUGCAGAGCAACAGAACGCAAUUACUAAUUAUAACAGUAGCAAUACCACUGGUGGGGUACAAUUACUUCUCUGUGAGAACCUGUGGGCUUCAGUGUUCAUUCAUCCUCCAGAACUAUGAGGCUCCCUCUGGUCCUUCUCAUCUGUGUCCUUGGUCACACCGUGGCCGAAACAUGCAAACCAACAGAGUAUAGGUGCACAGGCCGUCUGACCUACUGCAUACCAAGCACCUGGCGCUGUGAUGGAGAAGUUGACUGUGUAAAUGGAGCUGAUGAAAAGAACUGUGCUCCCAAGCAGUGCACAGACUCAGAGUUUCACUGCAGGAGCGGCCAGUGCGUCUCCUCUUCCUUCGUCUGUGACAAAGAUGUAGAUUGUGUUGAUGGCAGCGACGAGGCCUCCUGCCCACCAAUCACCUGCAGCUCUGUGUCCUUCCAGUGCAACAACACUGUUUGUGUUCCCCAGCUGUGGGCUUGCGAUGGUGACGCAGACUGCUCUGACGGCUCAGACGAGUGGUCUCAGAACUGUGACACAAGGAACUUCACCCGCUCUCCUAUUCACCAGUGCUCCUCCCAGGAAUACCAAUGUGGCAGUGGGGAGUGCAUCCACAUCAGCUGGAAGUGUGAUGGUGAUACUGACUGCUUUGAUCGGUCAGAUGAAGCAGACUGUGCUCAUUCAACAUGUCAUCCUGAUGAGUUUGAAUGCGGUGAUGGUACGUGCAUCCAUGGCAGCCACCAAUGCAACCAUCAGUACGACUGCAAAGACAUGAGUGAUGAAGUUGGCUGCGUCAAUGGUACACAUCCCUUCGUCUAUUCUAUCUUCCCAAAGACCUGCAGACUCUUGGUGCUAUCUGAUCCCGUGCUAUGUUUUCAUACCUUGUCUCCAGUGAGCCACUGCGAGGGUCUGAACCAUUUUAAGUGUCGCAGCGGUGAGUGUAUAAGCAUGGAGAGAGUGUGUGACAACAAGCGUGACUGCAGAGAUUGGUCAGAUGAGCCACUUAGGGAGUGUGGCUCUAAUGAGUGCCUCUACAACAGUGGGGGCUGCUCUCAUGUUUGCAACGACCUGAAGAUCGGCUAUGAGUGCUUGUGUCCAACUGGGUACAACUUAGUCAGUAAAAAACGGUGUGAAGAUAUCGAUGAGUGUGCAAACCCAGAAACCUGCAGCCAAAUCUGCAUCAACCAGAUGGGUGGCUAUAAAUGCGACUGUGAGGAAGGUUAUCAGAUUGAUCCAGCAACGCAAGCUUGCAAAGCUAUUGGUACAAUAGCCUACCUUUUCUUCACCAAUCGUCAUGAAGUCAGAAAGAUGACCCUGGACAAAAGUGAAUACACAAGAGUAAUUCCCCGCUUAAAGAACGUGGUGGCCCUGGAUAUGAACAUAGCCACCAAAGAGAUGUACUGGUCCGACCUUUCCCUGAAGAAAAUUUACAGGAGUCCAGUGGACUCGGCAGAGGACGUCUCUCAUCACCAUGUAGUGAUAGAUAGUGACAUUGAUGGUCCUGAAGGUAUAGCCUUCGAUUGGGUCCAUGGCAACCUGUACUGGACCGACAGUAUUCGGAAGACUAUUUCCGUGGUAACUGCUGACGGUAGCCGUCGCAAAACUCUCUUCCACCAAGACUUAUCAAAGCCUCGUGCCAUUGUGGUGGACCCGCACAGCAACUUCAUCUACUGGACUGACUGGGGGAAUCCUGCAAAGAUUGAGAAGGGAGGCCUUAAUGGAGUAGACCGCACUGCUUUGGUCACUGACAACAUUGUGUGGCCUAAUGGCAUCACACUCGAUCUGCUGAACCAGCGCCUCUACUGGGUAGACUCUAAGCUGCACACGCUCUCCAGUAUUGAUGUACAAGGCGGUGGUCGGCGCACCCUGAUCAUCGACGAGGACAAGCUGGCUCACCCAUUGGGACUCGCUGUGUUUGAGGAAAGAGUGUUCUGGACAGAUGUCAGUAAUAGUGCCAUCCUCAGUGCCAACAGGCUGACUGGUAGUGAUAUUGCACCAGUGGCAGAACAUCUUUCAUCCCCUGAGGACAUCAUUCUUUACCAUAACCUCAAACAACCUGCUGGAAGGGACUGGUGUCAGGUGUUCAACGGCAGCUGUGAAUUCAUGUGCCUAGCUGCCCCAAAAAUAGGCACACAUCCCCCAAAAUAUACCUGUGUGUGUCCAGAUAGUAUGACGCUAGCAGGGGAUAGGAGGACAUGUGUGCCUGCUGUUCCAACUCCUACACCUUCUUUAAAGUCUGAAACCUCAACUACCCACCCCCCAGUUGUGCCUACAACACCAUCAGAGACCACGCCAAAGAUAACACAGAAGCCCCAGGUCUACACUACUACAACAGUGCCUGCCAUAAUCACCAGCACAGUCACAAAGCCACUUAGGCGUACCACUAGGCCUACGGACAGGACCAGCACAUCUUUACCAAAGAAAUCCUCGUCUCAGCCAGAAAAGCCUACAAUCUUGAAGACCACCACAGUUGCUACUGUCACAGCUCCAGACGUUCCACCAAAAGUAGUUGCAGCUUUACCCAAAACUACCUCCAACACUGCAAAAGCUCUUUACUUUGUCCUACCUCUGGCGAUCAUUUGUCUGGUGGCUGUUGGGGGUGUGCUGCUAUGGAGAUACUAUAGACUCCAAAACACCAACACAAUUCACUUUCACAACCCUGUCUAUCAGAAAACCACUGAGGACCAGGUGCAUAUUUGGAGGACCCAAAGCCUUGAUGGUUACACUUACCCUAAAAGACAAAUUGUGAGCUUGGACGAAGAGGGAGACAAUCCAACCUUCACUGAAAACUGAAAAAAAAAAAGGACAACAUGGGAAAAAAUGCAUCAUUGAUCGCCGGCAUUAAGAGGCCUUCAGCAUUCUUUUGGUUUUAUUACCUCACGCAGUGCACAUGCAAAGCUUGCGUCUGACAGCCUUAAACCACUAUAACCUCACUAAAGAACAAGGGCUUUACUGUGAAAAGAACACCAGAGUAUACAUUGCAUUUUAUUAUAUGUUCUGUUGACAUCUAAGGUUUGUCACCAAAAACAAGCCAGAUGAUAGGUGAUUUUUUUCCCAAUACAUUUGAACUGUGAUCCUGGUGGUUAAUCUGGGGUAAAGGGUUUUUUUUAUGCCCAGAGUAUUUUUAUCUUUCUCUGGAUUCUUGUAAUGUUCAAUGCGACUUCCUAAUGUUUUGUUUAAGCUAGUGGUGAGGAUACAGUUAGUGAGAAACAUAUUCAUAUUUGUCCAAUAGGAAUAAAGAAGCUUUUAAUGGAGAUUUAUUACAUUACAGAACUCUACCGGCAGGGUUUUAUUUGACCUCUAACUGCAACUAUCAGCUCAUUGUUUGGUGCUGCAUGCAGUAACAUUAUAGAUACCACACAGCCUGUUGAACCUUUCCUGUUACUUCCAUCAAACAGUAAGUUAUGCAUGCACCAAGUCAACCACUGAGACCUUAGUAUGUCCCCCUCACGACAAGUGCCUUAUUUUAUGUUGUACAGCAGCAACUCUUUCAGUUCCUGUGCAAAAGCAUUGUCCUCACUCAGGCCACUUCUAUAAGUUCUUUAAGUCCUGGUUACACUUCACACAUUUAGAAGAAACUUCAAAUCCAAGUGCUGCAUGCUUUGUGCAGUUUUGUGUGGUUCUCUCCAUCAUCCCCUUAUGUCUCCAGUAGGAAACCUCCACUGCUGAUUUGUGAUCAGAAGUCUGUGGAGUGGACAUCCACCUUUAACAUUUAACAUUCCGCAAAGGUGGGAGGGCUUCGAUGCAGCCAUGUGGGACCAACGGUACUGAGGCUAAUGCCGUCACGUGUAUAUUUAUGUGCUCCCUCAGGGCUGCUUUGUCUUAUACCAGCAUUCCUGAUGAAGGAAUGCCAUGUGCAUUUAUGUGGUCAAGAAAAUGAAGAUAUCAGUUUAUAAUUUUGUAUUGCAGCAAAUCUGUGCCUUUUAAUGUCUCAUUGUGUUCAUGUUGGUGCUAUAGAACUCAGAGUUUCUGUUAUAAAGCUGCUCAUCAGCUGGAGUACACCUGCCCAUUGGUUCUGCUGCAGUGACAUGGCUUUAUUGUGGUUUCAGACAGAGAAGCAUAGACCUAACUGAAGUCGUUUUCUGUUCAAUGAAUAACCAUAGUUUGUAAAUAUGUUCAGAACUGUACAUUUUUGUCCUCUACAUACGUCUUCAUGUAUGUUGCUGAUGUUUUAGCGUUUAAAGAUGUUCUGUAAAUAAAGAAACAAUUCUAUUUAUUAAAGAAUCAGCUUUGUCUGGG